UUUCUUUCUUUUCCAUUGUAACCUCUUUGUCUCUACAUCGUUUCAGCUUUCUCCCAAGAAAUCUGCAAAGGUAAUUACAUCAUGGCAAUUGUAGGGGGAAGUGCUGAGCUUAAUACAGGAGCCCGAAUUCCAAUAAUUGGGAUGGGGACUGGAUCAAUGAACAUGAACGAGGAGGAUAUUAAAGCAGCCGUGAUUGCUGCUCUUCAGGUUGGUUAUAGACAUUUUGACACAGCAAGGGCCUACGGAUCAGAGCCUGCACUAGGGAAAGCUCUGAAUUCAGCUUUUCAGAGUGGGCUUGUCAGCAGAGAAGAUGUUUUUGUCACCACUAAACUGCAGAAUACAGAACAUGACGACCCUGUUGCUGCAAUCAAGGAUAGUUUAAUGAAUUUGCAACUAGACUAUGUGGAUCUAUUUCUUAUCCACUGGCCUGUCAAGCUGAGAACAGAGAUUCCAUUUAGCCCACUCAAAGAAGAGGACUUUUUGCCAUUAGACAUAAAGUCUACUUGGCAGGGAAUGGAGCAGUGCAUGGAGAUGGGGCUUACCAAAGCCAUUGGGGUUAGUAACUUUUCCUCUAAGAAAAUCGAAGACUUGCUGAAACAUGCCAAGAUCCCCCCUGCUGUUGAUCAGGUGGAGAUGAAUCCAAAUUGGCAGCAAAAGAAGUUGAGAGAUUAUUGCAGCAAGCAUAACAUUCAUGUCAUUGCGUGGUCUCCUCUAGGAGCUCCAAAUACUCCAUGGGGUUCUAAUGCGGUGAUGGAUAAUCCCCUUUUUCAAGAAAUUGCCCAAAAGCAUGGAAAGACUAGAACUCAGGUUAUGUUAAGGUGGAGUUUAGAGCAAGGAGUGAGUCCGGUGCCUAAGAGCUACAACGCAGGCAGAUUAGCUGAAAAUUUUCAAGUCUUUGAUUGGUCUUUGACUCCCGAUGAUCAUGACAAGAUUAGCAAGCUUGAACAGAAAAAGAUGCAGUCUGCGGAGCAAUAUGUUAAUAGUACAACCAGCCCUUACAAGACUGUCGAAGAAUUAUGGGAUGGGGAGAUUUGAUAGUCAUGCCCCUUGGUUUAAGCCACUUAGAAGUUGAUAUUUUAUAAUAAAGGCAUUAGCUUGACUGGGUACAUCAAAGUUUUCAAUGGGUGCAAAUUUUUGUAAGGUUAACUCAGAAUGAUACAAUCUCUGUUUCUGGUUCUUAAGAAAGCAGCAGUCCAAGGCGAGGUUUAAAAUAAAUUGUGGCAAGGUUUCAUGGUGGUCUAUAUAUGACUAUUUUCUAUUAAAAAUAUCAAUAAAUAUUCAAGUUCAAUUUUUUUUUAAA